AUUUAAUACUGUUUCAUUCGGUUUGUGUACAUAAUGAGUAAUUUAAAUAUUGUAGCUAACUUUAACUCCAAUGGUUGGGGUCCAGACGAGGAAGAUGACCAGACCAUCAACACCUGCUUACAUACAAUUAACAAAUUCCCAUUUGACCCUAAACUUAAAUUGGAUAAGCAAAUACAUAUUUGUGACUUUACGUUUAGCACAUACCAGAGAAAUGCCAGGGAAGGAAAUAGACUAAACAGGGUUAAUUCCACUUCAAUGGAUGAAGAGUUACAGUUCCAGACAGUAGAUAGCAGAACUAUUGUGAAAAUAAAACCGACUACUCAUUAUAAGAAGAAGACUCCAAUAAAACAGACCACCCAAGCUUUUAACCAGAAGGUUAUGGAAGAGGAACAGCUUCAAUUUUCAAAACAAAAGCAAUAUCCUGAUCUUCGUCGUCAGAAGUAUAUUGCAAAGAAUAGAUCUUUGAGGUUGCCCACAAGGUAUCACCCGUUGAACGAAUGGAGUAUUGAACCGACACCGGCAUGGAAUGUAGUGGCUGAGAUUCCAUUCAAUAUUCUAUUGAAACAGGAAAUGGAUAGUUCGCAAGUCACAGUUGAAGACCUAUUUUGGCGUGGCAAACUUGGAAUCUAUGAUAGGAAAAUGGACCAAAUAACCCCGAAAAAUGAAGUGUACCUGCUACACUUAUCAAAUUCAUACGAUUACUACUGGACUUCUACACACGAUGACGACUGCAUUGCAGAUGUUUUGUUAGAAACGUAUAAAACAUCGCCUUCAAAACCACUUGAAUCUGAAUAUCAAAAUGGUGUGGAGGGAGAAGAUGAAUUUGAUUCUGGGGAUAAGAAGCAGGCAGGAAACAUGCCACUUCAAGGAGAUUCAGCAAGUUAUGACCAGGCAAUGAAGGUUGAAAGAGAUCUGUUAAGGUAUGACAAGAUUGUUUUGGCAGCAACUGACCAAAUAUUGUCAGUUUUGAUGACGGCAGGUAGAUCCAAGCAUUCCUGGCAUUUAAACGUAACUAAAAUUGAAAACCAGAUCAUAAUUGAUAAGGCAAACGGGUCAAUUAUUGAUAUGUUAACAGUGAAUGAAACAGCUCCAGAUCCACCCCAGCCAGAUUGUGAAAUUAAGAUUAACAGGCCGUCAUCGUUAAGGUAUGAAGCUGUAAAAGUUAACCAAAACUUGAGACAACAGGUUCUUUUACAGGAUGAAUAUUCUGAAACUUUCUUAGACCCUCCAUUUGUAGAGGAAUCUGACAACCCAGCGACAAUAGCUUACAGGUACAGAAAGUUUACACUGCCGGGAACGCCAAAUGCAACUAACUUUGAAAAGCUUCCAAUUCUGGUAAUAACUCGCUGUGAAGUUCACGCAAAGCUCCAAGGAACGGAUACUUACACCUACGUUUGCGCACUCAACGAGUGUCCAAACAAGAAUAACAAGUCUUGGAGGUCACAAAUUGAAACUCAGAAGGGAGCUCUUCUAGCAAAUGAGAUAAGAAAUAAUACCACAAAGCUCCAGAGAUUUGUUGCUUGUGCUAACAUGGCUGGGUGUGGAGUGUUUAAACUAGCCUACGUAACAAGAAGGAGUCCCAAUGAUGCUGAAAAUCACUCAAUCAUCGGAAUUCAUACACAUACAACACAAAAUUUGGCACUCCAGAUGGGAUUCAGCCUAGAUAACGCUUGGGGGUCAAUAAAGGCCAUUGUUCACCUCGUUAUGAGGAGACCAGAUGGACAGUACGUUCUACUAAAGGAUCCAAUGAAGCCUAUUAUAAGACUCUAUUCAGUGUCGGAGGAAGAAGAAGUGAAUUCAGCUCAGCCUCAAGAAUCUAAAUAAUUCACUUAAAUAUUAAAAUAUUCUUCUUUUAAUA